CGAUUCACUCCUUCCCCAAAUUGUCAGAAACCCACCCAAGGGCCAAGACCGCCACUUCUGAUGCUGCCUGCUAAUUACGGAAUAUUGCGCUGACAUCAACAUCUCCAACUUCGCAUGAGCUGACACGCGACACGGACCAAGGUCUCUGUCGCCGCACAACGGGCUAGCGCAAGCCGCAUAUUCUUCAGUGCAUUACGAACAGUCAGCAUCUAUCGAUCGCAUCAUCAACAUGGAAAAGUACAGCCAGUUCCGCGAUCGGGGCACGGGCAUCGCCCCCUUCUUCCCGGUCACGACUCCUCUCACGGCGCUGUCGACGGUCACGCACACCUUCCUCUUCCUCUUCCGCCUGCCGCUCUUCAUAAGCUACAUCGCGAGCUACCUCCUCUUCUUCCACUGGCUGCCCUUCCUCCCCGUGGUGGUGAGGAAGAUGGCGCUAUGGGGUCUGAUGGCUAUACCUGGUAUCUGGUGGGUAGAUUUGCAGCUGGACGGCGUCAAGAGGGGCACGCUGGCUGAUCAGCCACGCGAGCGAGUGCCGCACCCCGGGAGCGUUAUCGCGGCCAACUUUACCAGUCCGAUCGACGCCGUCUACCUGGCUGCCAUUUUCGAUCCCGUCUUCACCAUCUCGUACCCUGGUACGCGCAAGGUUCAGAAAGUUGGUCUCGUGGGAGCUAUUCUCUACGCCUUCUCGUCUGUCAAGACAGCGCCACCGCCAGGCGCCAAUCUCGUCAACCUCAAGCAGCUCCUUGAGGAGCAUCCCGGUCGCGUUAUAGCCGUAUUCCCCGAAUGCGGAACUACAAACGGCAAGGCCAUUCUGCCCUUCAGCCCGUCCGUCCUCGAGACGCCUGCCGACGUCCACAUCUUCCCCGUCAGCCUGCGCUACACGCCCUCCGAUGUGACGACACCUCUGCCUGGGCAGUGGGUACGCUUUCUGUGGAAUCUCCUGUCACGACCGACAACUUGCAUCCGCGUUAGAAUCGCCGAGGGCCAGUUGAACACGUCGGUGGCGAGGACGAAUGGCGUUUCGGCGCCUGCAGGCGAUGGAGCGGGCGAGCUCCGGAGUCGAUUCGCCGAGGGCGACAUUUCAGACCACGAGAAAAAGGUCCUGGACCGCAUCAGUGAAGCGCUCGCGCGGUUGAGCAGGGUCAAGAGGGUUGGUCUAACGAUGCAGGACAAGGCAGCUUUUGUAGAGGCGUACAGGAAGAGGAGAUGACGCCUCUCAGCUUGUUGGAUAUGAAGAGAAGGGAUUUGGGGAGUCGGUCGCUGAUUGCAUUGCACGGAGCUGGAGGCUUAUUGAUUGUAUCGUAUCCUACAUGUCUUUCUUCCUCAA